AUGGCCAGCAGUAUUACAAAUUCACUACAAAACUUGCCUCUCGCGCAAACCAAGAGUUCAGGAAGGUCUUCAGCAGCCCAAACUCGAGAACGAGAGUAUUCUGGCACCGAGGACCACGAGAGGCAUUGGUAUGAGCCAUUUUCAAUAUGUGAAAAGCUGAAAUUCCUUGUGGACAACCUUUCUGGAGACGACUUCCAUCUUUCCUCUGAGCAAGAAACCCUUGGACCACCUUUUGAGACUUACAAGAAACUCCUUCGCGAUAUUCGAAGAAAUCAAGAAGUAAGAAUCACCAGCGAGAACUUGGUGUCAAUUCAAAGUGGUGCUCGUGGUAUGCUCCCAGCGAGAAGAACGUGCGACUCACUCGUUGAUGCAUAUAUCAAGACCUUUGAGUCUGUACUGCGCAUCAUCCACGUGCCGUCUUUCUUGAGAGAUUAUGAACACUUUUGGGAAGAUUCUACUUCAACAGUCUCUAGCUCUGACGAAACAUUCGCCUGCAAGCUACUUCUAGUGGCAGCACUUGGGUCCAUCACCUUCACUCCACCAGAGUCGCAGCAAGGUCAGGCCACCUCAUGCCGAGAACAAUCAAAUAACUGGAUCUCCUACGUCAAAGACUGGCUCGCCCGCAAGAGCAUGAAGGGCAUGAGAGGAGAUCUUAGUUUGGCAGAGAUCGCCUGUCUUCUAGCUCUUACACGUCACACGCACCACCAGGAUUCGGCCCCCAUGGGCGUAGCAUGGCUCUCCGAAGGACACGGUCUAACUCACAUGGCCGUUCAGAUGGGUUUGCAUCGGGAACCUAGGGUCCGGUCGCCGAACAUGUCCCCGAAGGAAGCCGAGAUUCGGAGACGCCUUUGGGCUACGAUGUUGGAGUUGUCAUUACAGGUUUCUGUCGAUCAAGGCCUUCCAGCUCCUAUUGCACCGGAGAGCUAUGAUUGUGAGAUGCCGAGUAGUAUGGCAGAUGAGGACCUGGUGCUUGGAGUUGAGUCACAGGGGCCAAAUCAAUCAUCUGUCCUGACGCUUCUGGCAAAGACACAAAGACUGCGUCUGAGAAUACUACAACUUGUUAACGCACCCGGGUCAUCAAAUACAUAUCAGGAAUGUCACAAUCUUGCAUCUGAACUCAACACGGAAUGUUCCGCCAGCGAUCUCAAGCUAGGUUCACCGCUCAGCGACUUUCAGACUGGCUUUUUGACUAGUUUCACCAAACCCUUUGUGUUGGCGCUGCAUGAAGCCUUUGCCGAGGAAGCAUAUUCGAAACCGGAAUACUACUAUUCACGAAGAAUGCGUAUGGAAAUCUCAGCCCAACUGCUAUCGUCGACAACAAGUCAAGGCCCAUACCCAGCACUACUUACGAAUGGGUCAGGACAGUUUUCUAUCAUGUAUAGACAGGCCACAAUGUCCCUAUGCCUAGAUCUAAUCCGAGAUUUUGAGGAAGAUUCAUUUCCCAAUUUGGACAGUGCUUCUAGAGCACAACUUCGAGGUAUCCUGUCCAACGCAAUUACAACAUUCAAAAGACGUGUCGAAACGUCACGGGGCUCAGAGUCAACAGAGGAGUUUAUUUUAUUCUCAUGUGCAUUCUCCUACGUUGAGAGUCUACAUAGAAGGGAGGACAAGGAUAAGAUGAGUGUGAAGAUGAACGAAACAGCAAAGACUGUACUGAAAGUUUGCUCCGAUGUAAUGGAAAGGCAGAGGCGGAGGGAGUCACUCGCAGAGUCAGAUAUUUGGAUGGGCUGA